CUCCCUUCGACUUGGUUGAUGCCUUGUCUCUCUUCCCCCUUCCCAUUGCUCUCACAAUCCCCGAAUCCAAACCCUUGUUAGGGUUUCCACCUCUCUCACCAAAUCCCGUAUAUCGACCUUGGAUUCCUCCCUCCUUCCCUAUCUCCGGCUCCAGGAUCCGAACCGUAGUCCCUUUUUUCUCUUUCUCCUCGAUCUCGCGAUCGCCAUGUCGAAGCGGAAGUUUGGCUUCGAAGGAUUCGGCGUCAACCGCCCCGCCACCUACAACUUUGAGCGCACAUCGGCACCGCAGCGCCUUUACGUCCCACCUUCCUCUCGCGGCGGCGGCCACGACAACCAUGAGGACGCCGACCUUGACAAUAUCGACUACGACCAGCCCGACUUCCCCGAGCGGUCGUCCCCCGCCGGUGACGACGGAGAGAUUGACCCACUCGACGCCUUCAUGGAGGGGAUCCAGGAGGAGAUCCGGGCGCCGCCUCCUGCCUCUGUGAAUCCUAAGGACAAGGACGACAAGUACAAGGACGACGAUGAGGACGACCCGGUCGAGAGCUUCUUGCGGUCCAAGAAGGACACUGGAUUGACUCUGGCGUCGGAGGCUCUUCACGCCGGGUAUGACUCUGACGAGGAGGUGUAUGCAGCGGCGAAGGCGGUUGAUUUGGGUAUGGUUGAAUAUGAUUCAGACGAUAACCCGAUUGUAGUGGACAAGAGGAAGAUCGAGCCAAUUCCAGCAUUAGAUCAUGGCACCAUUGAUUAUGAGCCGUUUAACAAGGACUUUUAUGAGGAGCAACCGUCGAUCUCAGGAAUGAACGAGCAAGAAGUUGAAGAAUAUCGGAAAGGUUUAGCCAUACGGGUUUCAGGUUUUGAUGUACCAAAGCCAAUCAAACUCUUUGAAGAAUGUGGGUUUUCUCCUGCACUAAUGGGUGCUAUCACAAAGCAGGGCUAUGAGAAACCAACAACAAUACAGUGUCAGGCUCUGCCCAUUGUACUUUCUGGUAGAGAUGUUAUUGGCAUUGCAAAAACAGGCUCUGGUAAAACUGCUGCAUUUGUUCUUCCUAUGAUUGUUCAUAUUAUGGAUCAGCCUGAACUUGACAAAGGAGAAGGUCCAAUAGGCGUAAUAUGUGCCCCUACUAGAGAAUUAGCACAUCAGAUUUAUCUAGAAGCUAAGAAGUUUGCAAAACCAUAUGGAAUACGAGUUGGAGCUGUGUAUGGUGGUGUCUCCAAACUUGACCAAUUCAAAGAACUCAAAGCAGGUUGUGAAGUAGUUGUUGCCACACCAGGAAGAUUGAUAGACUUGCUGAAGAUGAAGGCCCUUACAAUGCUUAGGGCAACUUAUCUUGUGCUAGAUGAAGCUGAUCGGAUGUUUGAUCUUGGCUUUGAGCCACAAAUACGAUCUAUUGUUGGUCAAAUUAGACCAGAUCGUCAAACUUUACUUUUUUCUGCCACUAUGCCUUACAAAGUUGAACGUUUAGCAAGAGAAAUUCUCUCUGAUCCUGUAAGGGUUACAGUUGGUGAGGUAGGAACGGCAAAUGAGGACAUUACGCAAGUUGUUAAUGUAAUUUCUUCUGAUGCUGAGAAGAUGCCUUGGCUUUUAGAAAAACUACCUGGAAUGAUUGAUGAUGGGGAUGUUCUUGUAUUUGCUUCGAAGAAAGGUACAGUGGAUGAGAUUGAAAGCCAGUUGAUUCCGAAUGGAUUUAAAAUUGCAGCCCUUCACGGUGACAAGGACCAGGCCUCCCGCAUGGACAUUUUACAGAAGUUUAAAUCGGGAAUUUACCAUGUCCUUGUUGCAACUGAUGUUGCUGCCCGUGGGCUUGAUAUAAAGUCAAUUAAAUCAGUUGUUAAUUUUGAUAUUGCCAGAGAUAUGGACAUGCACGUCCAUCGUAUUGGUCGAACAGGCCGUGCUGGGGAUAAAGAUGGGACUGCAUACACACUUAUCACACAUAAGGAAGCACGUUUUGCUGGUGAAUUAGUCAACAGCUUGAUAGCUGCUGGUCAAGAUGUCCCUGCUGAGCUAAUGGAUCUUGCUAUGAAGGAUGGGAGGUUCAGGGCCAAACGUGAUGCAAGAAAAGGUUCUGGUGGAAAGAAGGGGGGACGCAGAGGAAAAGGUGGCAAUGGAAGUGGGAGAGGUGUACGUGGUGUUGAUUUUGGGCUUGGUAUCGGCUACAAUCCUGAUACAGCAAAUGCAGCAACAUCUCAUUCUGUUCCAAGCAGAUCUGCUGCUGUUAAUUCACUGAGAACAGGGAUGAUGGCACAGUUCAAAAGCAAUUUUGUUGCUGCCUCUUCUAAUUCUGAGGGUAACACAUCCUCUACCACAAGACCAUCUUUAUCUGGUUUUGUCUCUGGUGGUUCGAUUGGUGGGGAGGCAUACAAAGCACAGUCGCUUACUACUUUCAUUCCUGCCACUAAGAAUGAAGGAAGCAGAAUCGAGAAUGGGAACCAGAAGAACUCUGAAAGUGUGAGAGAUAGACCUCGAGAAAGGAAGCGGCCUUCUGGGUGGGAUCGUUAAUGUUUUUCUAAUGUAUGGAUACAUGUUUUCUAUAAAUUGUUAAUCUUUGUCAUGUUACAUCACGAUCAAUCUAUACCUAAUGUAUUUAUGGCAAUGUGUUUGCUUCUUCUA